AUGCAGAACAUCCAGAAUUUCGCCUGUGGGCUUUGGAUCUUGUGUUUCCUGGGCUUGUCCUUCUUCAUUAUUGGGGUGCUGCCGCCCAAGAACGCGCUGCUUUCCUGGCAGAGCUUCCUCCUCGGCGCCGCCGCGGCAGGUUCCAUUUAUGUCGUCGGGACGGACCCAUGUUUUCUGCAGAGCUUGAGAGACUCAGUAGCCAUGCUUACGUUCCAGAACAAACGCCUGGCCACCAGCAACGUGAAGCUGGAGCGGCAGCUCAAGGAGCUGUCCGAUGUCGAUGAGAAGUUCCGAGCAGUGCACCAGCAACUGGAGAGUGAUGCGGAGUCGGCCCUUGAGCUGCUGCGGGACCUGGAACAUCACAGCCGGGUGCAGGCAGUGGUAUCCUCUCUCAGUCUGUUCUUGCACGCGGACAUGGAUAGAAGUGGCUUCUUGCAGCCGGAGGAGGCAGAACACUUCCUACUGGGCUUCACGCAGCUGUGGGACUUGGUCCCGGACUAUCCGGAGGAUGCAGUGGAGAACAUGCAGGGCGAUCUCACCUUCAAGAUGUUCUCCAACCUCCUCCGUGCCGUGGUCCAGGAGGACGCGCCGAAGUGCCGCCGCAUCCUGGAUUCCAUGUGCAAUGUGGAGCCUGACUUCAUCGUCUCGGCUCUUCCCGAACCCGCUCCUCACCCGUGCUGUGAGGUGCCGCAGGACUCGCGCAAAACGGACCUGGAGAGUGGGAGCGAAGACAGUACGGAAGAGGACUAUGCCAUGAAACCUUGGCUGACGAUUGGCCCGCUGAAGAUCUGGGGCCGCCUCCACCUCCUGGCCAUAUUGCUGCUGCUGCUGGCCGUGUUCUGUUUCUGCUGGGACGUGCUCUCCCUGAACUUCUUUGCGUCCACGAUCGCCAUUCUGCUACUCAUCCUUGGGGGGGGACUGGCGCUUCAGGGCCAGCUGCUCGUCAUUGCGAAGCGGCUUCGCAAGGAAGUGGGCAUUUACAAGGAGGAGAACACGAAGCUUUCCAACGCUGUGGAGGAGCUGACAGGUGAAGUUACUCGCCUUCGCUCCAUCCAGAAAGGCUUAGAGAACUUGCACAACAAGUUCGGUGGGAACGCCAAGCGUGCACAGCAGCUGGCCAAGAAGGAGUCCUCACACUCAAAGACGCAUCUGGUCAGCGUCACCCUGGAGCUCUUCUCGCGGGCCGAUGAGGACGGAAGUGGCAGGCUGGAGGGGCAAGAGUUGGCCGAGUUUCGCGGCACCUUCGAGGGAAUCUGCGCGAACAUCCCAGGAGCCAACAUGAAUGCUAUCCACCAGAUGCUGUCGACCGACGGCCUCACCUUGAAGCAGGUGCACAAGCUGGUGGCAGACGUGCUUCAACGCUCAGCCUGA